UAUGGUGCGGACGAGUACGACGCCGAGGGCAACGAGGAGCCCAAAGCGCUGCCAGAGGGCUCGGAAACCAUGCCCUACAUCGAUGAGUCGCCCACCAUGUCACCCCAGCUCAGCGCCCGCGGCCAGGAGAGCGGGGACGGUAUCUCGCCCACCCCCACCGAUGGCCUCGGCACAGGGGGUGAGCGAGAUGCUGGCAAAGGCCUGGAGAUGCGGAAGCUGGUUCUCUCUGGUUUCCUGGCCAGCGAGGAGAUCUACAUCAACCAGCUGGAGGCCCUCUUGUUGCCUAUGAAGCCACUGAAGGCCACAGCCACUACGUCGCAGCCUGUCCUCACUCUCCAGCAGAUCGAGACGAUUUUCUACAAGAUCCAGGACAUCUACGAGAUCCACAAGGAGUUCUACGACAGCCUGUGCCCAAAGGUGCAGCAAUGGGACAGCAAUGUCACCAUGGGCCACCUCUUCCAGAAGCUGGCCAGCCAGCUGGGGGUCUACAAGGCCUUUGUGGACAACUACAAAAUCGCACUGGAGACAGCGGAGAAGUGCAGCCAGAGCAACUACCAGUUCCAGAAGAUCUCGGAGGAGCUGAAGGUGAAGGGCCCCAAGGACUCGAAGGAGAGCCACACGUCCGUCACCAUGGAGGCGCUCCUGUACAAACCCAUUGACCGGGUGACGCGGAGCACCCUCGUCCUGCACGACCUCCUUAAGCACACCCCAGCCGACCACCCCGACUACCCGCUGCUCCAGGAUGCCCUCCGCAUCUCACAGAACUUCCUCUCCAGCAUCAAUGAGGACAUCGAUCCCCGGAGGACAGCGGUCACCACCCCCAAGGGGGAGACCCGGCAGCUUGUCAAGGACGGCUUCUUGGUGGAGCUGUCAGAGGGCUCGCGGAAGCUGCGGCACGUCUUCCUCUUCACCGAUGUGCUGCUCUGCGCCAAGCUGAAGAAGACGGCGGUGGGGAAGCACCAGCAGUACGACUGCAAGUGGUACGUGCCCCUGGCCGACCUGGUGUUCCCCUCGCCGGAGGAGUCAGAGCACUGCCCGCAGGUCCACGUCAUCCCCGACCAUGAGCUGGAGGACAUGAAGAUGAAGAUCUCGGCCAUCAAGAGCGAGGUGCAGAAGGAGAAAGCCAACAAGGGGCAGAGCCGAGCCAUCGAGCGCCUCAAGAAGAAGAUGUUUGAGAAUGAGUUGCUCCUCACCCCCCCUGCCAUCCCCUUCCGCAUCCACAACCGCAACGGGAAGAGCUACCUCUUCCUGCUGUCCUCCGACUACGAGAGGUCCGAGUGGAGGGAGGCCAUUCAGAAACUGCAGAAAAAAGACCUCCAGGCCUUUGUCCUGAGCUCGGUGGAGCUGCAGGUGCUCACGGGAUCCUGCUUCAAGCUACGCACCGUCCACAACAUCCCGGUCACCAGCAAUAAGGACGAUGACGAGUCCCCCGGGCUCUACGGGUUCCUGCACGUCAUCGUCCACUCCGCCAAGGGCUUCAAGCAGUCUGCCAACCUUUACUGCACGCUGGAGGUGGACUCCUUCGGCUACUUUGUCAGCAAAGCCAAGACCAGGGUUUUUCGGGACACCACCGAACCGCAGUGGAAUGAGGAAUUCGAGAUUGAGCUGGAGGGCUCCCAGUCCCUGCGCAUCCUCUGCUACGAGAAGUGCUACGACAAGACCAAGCUCAACAAGGACAACAACGAGAUCGUGGACAAGAUCAUGGGCAAGGGGCAGAUUCAGCUGUAUCCCCAGUGCGUGGCCCGGAGGUCCUGGCAUUUGAAGCUGGUUGAGCGCCGAGGUAUCAAGGUGGAGUUCUCCAUGAAGUUCACAAGCAGAGACAUGAGCCUGAAGAGGACCCCAUCCAAAAAGCAAACUGGUGUCUUCGGAGUUAAAAUCAGCGUUGUGACAAAGCGCGAGCGCUCCAAGGUGCCUUACAUCGUGCGCCAGUGCAUCGAGGAGGUGGAGAAGAGGGGCAUCGAAGAGGUCGGCAUCUACAGGAUCUCUGGUGUUGCCACUGACAUCCAGGCGUUGAAAGCUGUCUUCGAUGCAAAUAACAAGGACAUCCUGGUGAUGCUGAGCGACAUGGACAUCAAUGCUAUCGCCGGCACGCUGAAGCUGUACUUCCGCGAGCUGCCCGAGCCCCUGCUCACUGACAGACUCUACCCCGCCUUCAUGGAGGGGAUCGCCCUCUCGGAUCCUGCUGCCAAGGAGAACUGCAUGAUGCACCUUCUCCGCUCGCUGCCUGACCCCAACCUCAUCACCUUCCUCUUCCUGCUGGAGCACUUGAAAAGGGUGGCUGAAAAGGAGCCCAUCAACAAAAUGUCUCUCCACAACCUGGCCACGGUCUUUGGGCCGACACUGCUGAGACCCUCAGAGGUGGAGAGCAAGGCACACCUCACCCUGGCCUCCGACAUCUGGUCCCACGAUGUGAUGGCCCAGGUCCAGGUCCUUCUCUACUACCUGCAGCAUCCUCCCAUCUCCUUCACCGAGCUGAAACGCAACACGCUUUACUUCUCCACGGACGUGUAGCCUGCAGGGAGAAGGCACCAGCUGCAAACACUCCCAGCUCCCUGCUGGGGGACACAGACUGGAUCGCAGCCCCCCCCACCUCCAGGGAGACCGGCCCGGACCCAGGACGGUGCCGCCUGCAGCUCCUGUACAAUCGCGUACCGGUGACCCGGUCCCACGCCAGGCGCCAUUGCCUCUCUGUAAAGUAGUCGUGUCUUAUGUC